AUGAUAAACCAAGUAGAGAAAUUUCUUUUCCUCCUCCUCCUCCUCCUCCUAACUGCUUCUCAAUCUGUCUUUGCUGCCCGUAAAAAACCACAAAAACAACAAAAACCAUGUCAGCAAUUUGUGCUCUAUUAUCACGAUACCCUCUUUGGUGGCACGGACGUUGCCAAUGCAACAUCCGCUAUAGCCGCUAAUGCUACUAAGCUAGGCGACUUCAACUUCGGCGAGCUUGUCGUUUUUAAUGAUCCGAUGACAAAAGACAACCACCUUCUUUCUCCUCCGGUCGCGCGUGCACAGGGGUUCUACUUCUACGACAUGAAAUCCACUUACAAUGCGUGGUUUGCAUAUACGUUAGUGUUCAAUUCAAGUGAUUAUAAAGGUACCAUCAACAUUAUGGGCGCAGAUAUGAUGAUGGAAGAGACGAGGGAUCUCUCCGUCGUUGGAGGCACUGGAGACUUCUUCAUGGCUAGAGGUAUUGCAACAUUUCAAACGGAUACCUUCCAGGGAGCAAAAUAUUUUCGUCUUAAGAUGUCCAUUAAGUUGUAUGAAUGUCCAUAA